AUGUCGAAAUCAAGAUCUCAAUCUCCGUCCAAAGGCAAGGAAGCGCAAGACACUGACAAUGUCUUGGACAUUCCUUGGGAUGCGCCACCGCCGUACGAGCUACAUUCCUCUGGGUCAGUCCUAGCUAGCACGUCGCGCGUGAAUGACUAUGGAAAGGUCGAUAUUGAGUUCUCGUCGCUGCAGCCCGACGAAGUCAAUCGCCUUCUUCCUCCCGACAAAGCCCAAGAAAUUGAACCAAGCAGCAGCUUCUCCACCGCUGCUCCCUCCGGGCCAUGUCCAGCUCUUAAUGUCGUCAUUCAAGUUGUCGGUAGUCGAGGCGAUGUUCAACCCUUCAUCGCCCUCGGCGUCGCUCUACAGCGAUACGGCCAUCGCGUGCGACUAGCCACUCAUGAUACCUUUACAGAUUUUGUUCGUUCAUCUGGUCUAGAGUUUUACCCCGUCGGGGGAGACCCUGAAGAUCUAAUGGCUUACAUGGUCAAAAAUCCCGGCUUGAUUCCUUCCAUGGAAAGUCUUCGAGGUGGCGAUAUCGGUCGAAAGCGCGUCAUGAUUCAUGAUAUGCUGAGAGGCUUUUGGAGUUCUUGCGUCAAGCCCGACCCCGUAUCAAAUCGUCCCUUUGUCGCCGAUGCUAUCAUCGCAAACCCGCCCAGUUUCGCCCACGUCCACUGCGCUCAAGCAUUGGGUAUCCCUCUUCACAUGAUGUUCACAAUGCCCUGGACAGCGACGAAGUCAUUUCCUCAUCCUCUGGCCAAUAUUCAGUCUCAAAAUAUGGAUCCCAGGGCUUCCAACUACCUCAGUUACGGUGUUGUUGAUCUAAUGACUUGGCAAGGACUUGGAGAUGUCAUCAACGCAUGGAGAGUUAAGGACUUGCAUCUGGACCCACUAGCCGCUGCUGUUGGGCCCGAUAUUGUUGGCCUGAUGAAAGUACCAUAUACGUAUUGCUGGUCACCAGCUCUAGUUCCGAAACCUAGUGACUGGGGAGAAAGCAUUGAUAUUUGCGGAUUCUUCAUGCGAGACGAACCCGCCUAUACUCCUCCCCAAGACCUAGCAGAUUUUCUGGCACGGGGACCACCGCCAGUCUAUAUCGGCUUUGGAAGUAUCGUCAUCGAUGACCCAACAGCUCUAACAAACAUCAUCAAAGAGUCGUGCAGGGUUGCAGGGGCCAGAGUGAUUAUAUCUCGUGGCUGGAGCAAGCUAGGUGGUAAUGACCCUAGCACUAACUCUGUCUUCUACUUGGGCGAUUGCCCUCACGAAUGGUUGUUCAAGCGCGUUGCUGCUGUUGUCCACCACGGUGGUGCAGGCACUACGGCUUGUGGCCUCGUUAAUGGUCGGCCAACCACCAUUGUACCAUUCUUCGGCGAUCAGCCCUUUUGGGGAAGUGUCGUUGCCUCCAACGGAGCAGGUCCAUCACCUAUCGCCUACAAGAGCAUCUCCGUGGAUAAGCUCAGUUCCGCAAUCAAGUUCUGCCUCAGUCCCGAGGCUCAGGCUGCUGCCAACAGGAUUGCGACACAGAUGAGAGAAGAGAGUGGCGUUAACACCGCAGUCGACUCUUUCCAUCGGCAUCUACCCGUGGCCAACCUCACUUGCGAUCUCAUUCCGCACAAUGCUGCUAAAUGGCAGUACAUAGGCAGGUCGAAGAAAGGUGAUAAGGGCCAUAUUAGGUUAUCGAACGCAGCCUUGAAAGUUCUUUUGGAUGCCAAGAAAGCCAAAUUGGCAGACUUUGAGCCACUUCGACCGAAAGGGUACCUCGUUGAGAACGAACGCUGGGAUCCUGUAACAGCUGGAGCAUCCUCCGUGCUAGGCACUAUGACAGACUUUACCUCUGCCUUAGGCGGUGCAUUUAUCGAUCCCUUCAAAGACGUAAAGCGCGUCCGACCAGAUGGCACGCGUCGCUCAGCCGGUACGGCGACAGCAGUUGCAAGCGGGAAAGCUCUGCAGGGCAUGACGACCGCUGUGGUGAAGGGAUCGCUCGUAGAUGUCCCGUUGGCAUUCGCUGAAGGAUUUCGCAACACACCGCGACUGUACGGAGAAAAGGUCGCGGAUUAUGGUCCAGUCACGGAUUGGAAGAGCGGUGGCACAGUUGCAGCAAAGAAUUUUGGUUUUGGCUUCUACGAAGGCUUAACUGAUAUCGUAACGAAACCAAUGAAAGGGGCCAAAGAAGAGGGAGCUUUGGGCUUCUUCAAAGGUGUUGGAAAGGGGUCUCUCAAUAUGGUCGCAAAACCAGGCAGCGCAACGUUUGGAUUGCUCGCGUACCCGGCCCAGGGAAUUUAUAAGAGAAUUCAGUCUAUGAAGACGAAUAAGGCGAGGGACGCGGUAACAGCUGGUCGGGUUGAGUCAUUGUCAGAUGGAGAGCAGGGGGCGACAUCACCAGAUGCUCCCCAAGUUGUUAAACGAUUCCAGGAACUGAUAGGGUAA